UAUUAGUAUCUUAUCAAUCAGACACACAUGUUCACUGGAGCCACUAUAAGUAUCUAAUCAAUCAGACACACAUGUUCACUGGAGCCACUAUAAGUAUCUAAUCAAUCAGACACACAUGUUCACUGGAGCCACUAUAAGUAUCUAAUCAAUCAGACACACAUGUUCACUGGAGCCACUAUUAGUAUCUGAUCAGUCAAGAACACAUGUACACUGGAGCCACUAUUAGUAUCUGAUCAGUCAAGAACACAUGUACACUGGAGUCAUUAAGUAUCUGACCAAUCAAGCGCACGUAUUCACUGGAGUCUCUAUCAGUAGCUCUGAUUUACCAAUUCCUGAAUACGUUAGUCUGAAUUUGUAAUUCCUGAACACGAGAAUAACAUUAUUUAAUUCCCGAGUACUAACGAAAACUGGCAUUAAUCUGAAGUUGUCAGUCUUUAAUACCAGUGACAAUUAAUGUUAGUUGUAAGCAUAAUUAUUGAACCCCCAAUAAAGAUUUACUUAGUCUGAAGUGAUGAUUUCUGUUAAUAAAUUUGAAUACCUUUACGGUUAAAAGACUCCAACAUGUACAUGCAACCAAGUUUUCUGUUUAUCCCUUUUUACUUUAGUAUAAACAGCUUUCUUGUUUAACCGAUAAAAAGUUCCUUAACAGUUACGUCAGACUGCAAGUGGGUUUAACUGGAACCACCGAGAUCAGAUAUAUGUCCCGGGAUAAGUACAUCGGCUAUCAGACCCCCUUCGGCGGCCCUACCUACAAGAUAUUAUUUCUUUCCACAUAUGUCUUGUGUUUUCAUUCAGAUAUAACAUCACUAUUUAAAAACGUUUAUUUAUAUAAAGAAAGUCCAUUUUGAUUAGAAUAUUUGUGUGAGAUAAUAAGAUCGUGAAGAUGAGUCCAAAGUUAUUUUCAAAUACAAGUGAAGUUUAAUAUAUAUAUAUAUUCAUUAAAAUAUUAGCCCCUCGAUCUUUCAGAAAUAAGCUUGAAGGCUUGUGACACAACUUUGCAUUGGGAACAGCGCACUUAACCUGUUGUACAAUUUUGUGCUUAAAAACAUAUAAACUGUUAAACAGAGCAAGAAGAACUGCUGAAACUAUCAAUAAACAAAGCAGAAUUCGUAAAAUGAGCACAUUAUCAGAGAUGAAAAUAAUGUAAACUAGAUGUUUUAUAAAAUUGCAAAUUGACACAUUCACAUGAUAAUAAAUUAAUAAGUUUAUGCUGCUUGCGUAAAAAGGACUUUAGCGAAUUGUUUACUUUCUUUUCAUAGCGAUUGACCAGAAGCGAUUUGUUCGGAACUUGCAACAAGUCUUCAACCAAUAUAGGAUCUCUGGUCGACCAUUCUGGGGAGAAGCUGCGUUUUUAUCCAGUGACAGUGUAACUAGUUUGGUACCGGUUUCCACCCACCCAGACACCUGGAGGGAUUUUCUCACUCCAAACUUCAAGGCAACUAUUGAACAAGUGCUUCCAGGUUACGAAACGAAAUCAUUAAUAUUGUCUGUUACAUCACUGUACUCACUUAAGAAGUGUCAAGCUUUGAAGAAAAUGGCUUUUGCCUGGCGGUUGCGUCCAGAGAUUGUUUGUACACUACAGGGUUUUUUUGCAGCGAAACCAACUGAUAAUAUUGUCUCUAUUCUGGUCGGCAGCGACAUCUAUGUUUAUGGAAAGUAUCAUGAAUUUCAACCUAUAGUUAGAGAGACCUCUAACGACACCCCUAUAAAUUACUGGGCCGUGGCCGUUGUUAGAGCUGAUUCAAAUAUUCGUACGUUACAAGAUCUGCAAGGAAAACGUUCCUGUCACGUGGCAGUAGGGGAUGCUUCUGGUUGGACCGUUCCUCUUGGCCUUCUAAUCAAAAAUAAGAUGAUAACACCCGAACUUUGUGAAAACGAGAAAUUAAUAUCUAGUUUCUUUUCCAAAAGCUGUGUACCCGGAGCUCAAAAUCUAGGUGUGAUCGAUAACACAUCCACCUCCACUCUCUGCAAACAGUGCAUAGGAGAUGGCCAGGAACAUCAUGUUUGUGACGCCACGGAGCUCGAACGCUACUAUGGUAACAGCGGUGCUCUACGUUGCUUGGUGGAGAGGAGCGGUGAUGUCGCUUUUGUCAGGAAUGAUGUAAUUGAUAGAUACAUUGAUGGUCGCAGCGAUGUUUCAUGGUCUAAAAAAUUUAGAUCGAACGAUUAUAAGCUUUUGUGUUUACAAGGAGGUCAGGGAAAUGUUACAGACUAUGAAAAGUGCAACCUGGCUUAUGUAGCUGGGCCUUGUGUCAUGAUGACGAAAGACACAACCGAUGAAAGCAGAAAGGACGCGGUUGAGUUUUUUAUUAACGCUGGUCACUUAUUUGGCGGAAAUAGUACUUCUUUUCGGCUCUUCGGCUCAUCAUUGGACGACAGCAACGACGUGUUAUUCUCGGACAAAGCAACCGGUUUCACAACACUGCCUGUCGAUGUUGACUACAUUGACAUACUGGGAGAGGAAUUUACUGAAUUGGCCGAAUUGUCAGAUUACGAAUCAUGCAAGCUGGUGGCAAAUAAAAGCUGUGAUUGUGUUUUUCAUUACCUUGUGACUUUGUUACAAACUUUUAUGUUCUUGUUGUUGUGUUUUAAUUAAUGACAUGAAGGAAUAAUGUUCCGCCAAUAACCAGCAGCUGCUGAAAGUACUUGUGAAGAACAAGUACAUCUACUUUAGUCUAUUUUUUGUUGAAUGAUAGCUGGACAGAGGUCAAGAGGUCAUCUUGAGAACAGUUCUAGUAUUCCCGAAAAAAAUCUGUUUCUUCAACUUCGCAAAAGAUGAAAUUCAAACCAUAGUGUUUGAAAUGUAUAUUUUAUAGUACGUCAUGUAGAAUAAAGUUACAUAUUUUUAAAAUUU